UCUAUGCAACAUGGCAUCAAUGAAGGCAAUAGGCAUCAAGGGUGGUAAAGGGCCGGCAGAGGCUAUGUUCAUGGACACAAUCAGCCGCCCGGUCCCAACCGCCAAUCAAGCUCUGGUGAAAAUCAAAGCAUUUGGACUGAAUCGUAUGGAUUUGCUACAGAGAAAUGGCGUAUAUCCAGUCCCACCCCAAGCUCCUAGCACAAUGGGCGUGGAGUUUUCUGGCGUUAUUGAGGAGCUUGCAGAUUCAGUGUGUGAUUUUAAUGUCGGCGAUGAGGUUUUUGGCCUCGCAUAUGGAGGUGCCUACGCAGAGUAUAUAUCCGUUUCUACACGGAUGCUUGUUCACAAGCCAUCUGAGAUCUCGUGGGAGGAAGCUGCGGGAAUACCAGAGACGUGGAUAACGGCUACACAAGCAUUGAACUUGAUUGGGGAAUUUAAAUCCGGCCAAUCUGUUCUUUGGCAUGCCGGUGCUUCGUCGGUAUCCAUUUCUGGAAUUCAGCUUUCCAAAGCGCUCGGCGCCACGAAGAUAUUCGUGACAGCAGGCUCUCAGGAAAAGAUCGAUUUCUGCGUCAAAGAGCUUGGUGCCACCGCUGGGUUCAAUUAUAACACCCAGGACUGGGCCAAAGGCGUCUUGGAAGCCACCGAUGGUAAAGGCGUUGAUCUUAUUGUGGACUUCAUCGGAGCGAAUUACUUUGCUUCAAACUUGGCCGCUGCCGCGCGUGAUGGCCGUAUAGUCGAGCUUGGUUUCAUGAGUGGCGGUGAACUACCUGCAGGCGUCAAUAUCGGACCCAUUCUUUACAAACGUUUACGAAUCGAAGGCAGCACUCUGCGAAGUCGCGAGGAAGGAUAUCAGGAGAGACUUCGGAAUCUCCUGGUCGAGAAUGCUUUGUCAAAGUUCAAGGACCACACUUUCAAAGUCUUCAUCACCAAAGUAUUACCUUUUGAUCAAAUCGUUGAAGCACAUAAAUUGUUGGAGAGCAAUCAAACCAAGGGCAAGAUCAUUUGUACAGUGCCAUGAUUACGAUAUCA